AUGUCGGUGGUGUCCGAGAGUUCCGGACGACGACCGUCCUCACACCGCAACUUGCGAAUGGCACGAAAUCUCUCGCGAGGUCGUGCUGGCUCAACGGACGCUAGCGCCUCAUUCAUUCCACAUUUUUCUGCCGCCGCAAGUGAAGGUGUCAAGUUGACAGUUGGUGAUGAGGAUAAUUGGGCCGAAAAUACUACCGUUAUCACGGGCAGCACAAGUGAGCACUCAUACAGUGGCCUCACGGAACGUGCAUUUGUUGCUCCAGUGGGACGUGUGGUUGCCAGGCGAUGUUCACGGAUUUGUUGGCUUGCCAGUGCCUCAGUAAUUUCAUUUGUAGCUGUCUUCUCAUCGCCCGCCAUGGUUGCAUUCCCAGUUAUCUUGUAUCGGCUCGGAUUUGACUGGCCUGAGAUGCUCUGUGGUGCCGACUGUCAGGGGAUGAUGCUGAAUCUGGCGAUGAAAACACUGCUUCUGCUCGGAGCACUUUGGGCAAUGUACUUUCGUCAUGCGGCCGCCGAUCUGCCACGUCUGUUUUUCCAUCGCGCUGCACUGGCAUUCCUGGCCACAUUCAUUCUGUUCGCCUUCUGGCUCUUCUACACUGUCCGCAUAUUAUUCGAGAAGGAAGGGAAUUACAAUGUGGUUGUUACAUUCGCUCUUUCACUACUCGAUGUCAUGCUGUACUUUCACUACGCCACCGUUAUUGUACUGGAGCUACGUUCGCUGAGGCCCGAAUUUACGGUGUGCGUUGUGCGAGAUCCGGAUGGGGAAAGUCGAACGUUUACGCUUGGAAUGAUGAGUAUCCAAGAAGCCGCUGUUCACGUACUUCGUCAGUACUACGCUUCGUUUCCAUCCUAUAACCCGUAUUUGGAUAAAGCUCUCAGUGGAGGAUCAAUGCAUUUCAGAUCUGGUUUGUCGCAGCCACCAUCAGCUGGCUUCAAAAUGUACGACAUCGAAGGCCUGGGCAACGAAUGCACGAUAACGGAGGCCAGUGCACGAGCAAUUAUGGAAGCUGCUGCAAAAAGACGUAUCGGUGGACAUAAUGAACGCUACCACGAAAUCAUGGAAUGGGAGCGGAGAGUGCAGAAACGUAAAUAUCGCCUGAUUAGUACCACGGAGGAAGCAUUCGCUAGUGUGCAGAGUGUGACGGCUAAUAAUCAAAACAAGGUACUAGGAGAGCCAAUGGAAGCACUUGGAGCAGCGCAGGCAGUGUUUUCGGCAAUUGCAAGGCCUCUGAACAAGUAUCUAAAGCUCACUCGACAACAGCCACGCCAUACUGCCGACCAAGUGGUGGCGCACCUCGCCAGAUGCCUUUCGCUUCGCUUCACAGCUGCUACUUUUUUGCAGAGAUUCUUCUCGUCCAAAUUUCCUUUCCCGGAGCGCGUGGGCGAAGCAAAGUGGUCAAUUGUAUGCAACAUCCAGGCAUCUGCUGCAAUCCGGCAUGGUACAGUGUUCGUAUUGCGCUGUCACGAGCGCGACGAUGAUGCUGGAGUGCAGCUACUCUGCUCGUUCCAUUCAUUCCCCUUUUUCAACCUCACCGAGCAGCAGUCAUCCACUUCAAAAUUUGCACUGAAAAUUACUCCCGAGUCGAAUGUUUAG